UAUGAAUGAAGCUACUGGAGCGACAGACAGAGAGAGAGAGAGAGAGAGAGAGAGAGAGAGAGGUGGAUUAUCAGGGCGCAGUGUGUGUUUGUCAUGUUCCAGCUAUUCGAGCAUGUAGUUUUCUUUAAUGUUCAGUUAGGAAUUCUUCAAGAAGAACAAAUUGCAAGUCACUUAGCUGUAGGUGUGAAGGAUUCACCAGGACACAGGAGACUGACACACUGUGGUGGACCGGCAGAAUCAGGAUCACAGCUGGACUAAAUGCAACAUUCUCUUUAGCUGGAAGAGGACCACAUAUCGUGCAUCAUGGAUUUUGUGAUGAAGCAAGCGCUGGGCGGAGCCACCAAAGACAUGGGGAAGAUGUUAGGUGGAGAGGAGGAGAAGGACCCUGAUGCCCAGAAGAAGGAGGAAGAGAGGCAGGAGGCGCUCAGACAACAAGAAGAGGAGCGAAAGGCCAAACAUGCUCGUAUGGAGGCCGAGAGGGAAAAGGUCAGACAGGCCAUUCGAGAUAAGUAUGGACUAAAGAAGAAAGAAGAGAAGGAAGCAGAGGAGAAAGCGGCUAUGGAACAAGCGUGCGAAGGCUCCCUGACUCGACCCAAAAAGGCCAUCCCGGCAGGCUGCGGGGCGGAUGACGACGAGGACGAGGAGAGCAUUCUAGACACCGUUCUCAAAUUCCUGCCCGGACCUCUGCAGGACAUGUUUAAAAAGUAACAGACACGAAGCUGUUUCUCGAGAAAGAUGGGUGAGGGGGGAUUUUUGCCAAACAGGUGAAAGGCUUUUCACUGCCUUGACGGAAUUUUAUUUGUUCCUUUCGUAUGGAUAGAUACACAAAUCAUAACCCGACAACGUUUGGUCUUUUCACUGCCAUUCAGGUUCAAAUUGUUUACACUUUCUAUAGAUCUCUGUGUUUGUUUACUGAUCACCAGGGUCUCUGAUGCUGCCUUAGGUACUCAACGAUCAGCCCCACAAUAACAGCACAUUGAUGCUGAGCUCUGGCACUGGGAAUAUGAUGCUUACUUAGAUUUGCUUAUUUAAAACACAGUGGGGUCAGAGCAUUUUAAAACAGUGGCUAGAUAUAACUGCCCCUUCUUUCACAGAAGAUUUGUCAGUGAAGUGCCGAAUGCAGCCGUAAUGCUUUCAGUAGUUGCAUGAGGUCAAAAUAUUACUAUCUGAUGAAUCACAUUCGCCAUCAGUGAAUUUGAUGAUACGUUGCCAUAUGUAAAUAUGGGAGACGCUGAGAUACUGUCUUAGAUGUGCCACGUUAGACCACCUGAAUGCUCAAAUGGUUUGCAGCCUGGCAGUUCUCAUUUAUCUGUGAUGUAUUGUUAUUUAUUUUGAUUCUUUCUCUAUUUUUGUUAGUGUGAAAUAGAACUUGAAUUGACCACAAGUGAUAUUCACAUUAGCCUUGCCAGCUAAAAUCAGGAAAAGCUCAGUAAGUGUCUCUAAUUAUCAUUUUACAAACUGGACCAACUCCUCUUUACAAUUAAGAGUUAUUCAAGAUCUCAAAAGCACACAGUCAGUCAGUGUUUCACAGCGCAUUCAUUUUCAAAGCAUGCAGAUCUCAUGUUAGAUCACUCACACAUGACAAUCAGAAAUGAAGUGGUCCCAUACUAAAAAUAAAAAAGAAUCAUUUUAUGUUUGUUAUUUGUAGGUUUCACAUCAAAAUUUUAUUUAAAACGAAACAUGGCUCACAAAAAUAUUUGAUGUUCCGUAAUAUUAGAACACCUGCCUUAGCUAAAUAUUAUGUAAAGGUCUGACCUGACUUGUAAUAUGCAUUUAGACUUAAAAAAGUAGGUAAUUGUAACAUUAAAAAGCCAAAAAUAUGCCUACGUGUAUUAUGAAUUUGGUAUUAUUGCAUAAAGUGCAGGCAUUGCUUUAUAUGAAAGCCAGUUUGGAAUUUAAAAAAUAUAUAAAAAAGGUAAUUGCAUCUUUUUAUCUCACAAUGCUGACUUUUUCUUGCAAUUGUAUGUUUAUAUCUCACAGUUCGGACUUUGUUUCUCACAACAUGUAAUCGACAGAAACAGUUUAUUUCUCACAAUUCUUUUAUUUAUUUAUUUUUCAGAAUUCUGAUGAGUUCUUUUUUUUGGCACAAAAUAAAACAUUAUAAAGUAAUUGUUGCUUUUCAUCUCAAAAUAAUUUUUUCCUUGCAAUUGUGAGUUUAUAUCUUAUAAUUCUGACUUUUCAUCUCAGAAUUGCGAGGAAAAUGAUGAAUUAUGAGAUGUAAAAUUGCAAUUGCAAGAAAAACAGAACAUGGUCCUGCAAUAUCAGGAUACCUGCCUUAGCUGCAUAGUUAUGUAAAGAUAAAACAUUGCAGUUACAUAGGGCUUACAUAGUUUUUGAAAAUAAUUAUUAAUCAAUAAACAAAAAUAUAUGCUAAAUUAAUACUGAGAAUGCAUGAGCUUCAAUCACAACAGUAAAAAAUACCAAAGAGAGAAUGAACUGCAGUUAUACAUCUUAGUACAGGACUGACAGUUCAAGAAACAGCAUGUUAAAAAUGAUCGAUUAUGACAAUAUUUUGAGAAACCAUUAUAUUCAUACAUCUGAUCAUCAACGAUCAUUCCAGCUGUGAAACACAAUAUAUCAAUAUGGUCAUUUAUAAAAAAUACUGCCCAAAAUAUUCAUCUUACUGCUGGCAAAAUCUGAUGUGGUGUUGCAAAUAUGAUAAUUUAAGGCUUUUUUUAUUUACUUCAAUUAUUAAUGUUCUUAUGUUGUUAAGCAUUUAGUAAACACUGCCAUUUGAUAAACAUGUUUUGGGGAGGGAGAAAUGUUUACAUAAACCUGGGCUAAAGAGGCAAACAUAUUUUGUAUAGUAAUGCUCAAAUGGGUAUUGUAUUGCAUGAUGGGAAAUAUAAACCUAUAGAUAAGUUUUCAUUGCAAAAAGUCAGUAGUUGUAUGUUUUCCAAUCAGUCAGAUUAAAAAUGUGUCCCUUUUUAAACUCUGUUAGCAAAUGAUAUGCCUACAGGAAUGUAUCUGUACCCAUUAGGCUGGUUGUUCUGUGAUCAAAAUGCUUUGAAGAUUGUAAAGUUUGUUUAAAAAAAAAAAAAUCUUAGUAAGAACAGAAUGACAUACUUUAGAAUAACACAUGCUACUCUCAAGUAGACUUUAAUUUUAGCAGUACGCAAGUACGUUUUUUUUAAUUAAACUAUAAAGAAAGAAUGAGAUUGACUUUUUCAUUUUUGUAGUGCUAAAAGGUUUUUCACUAGUCAAAGCCAUAUUGUUAGACUGCAAUAAUUAAUGAAAAAAAUAAUCAUCUUGUAGUCAUGCAUCUGUAAAAAUAUGUCGAUAUCUAUUUAACUCUUCAUAGUACAUGUCAGAAAGUGUAUAUACUUUCCGUAGAGAGAGAGAGAGAGAGAAAGAGUCUUUGAAAAAGAUUGCUACUGUAGUACAGUCUACUGUAUGUGCUGUAUGUUCUCAAUGUAAGUGUGUAUUUAUGUGUGUCUGUACCUGUUUGUGCUGUACAAUGUUAUUCAUGUUCAUGUGUGUACAGUCUAAAGCAGGCUGUGUCCGCUGUCAUGAAGACGGUGGAAUCGGGGUAUAUGGAAGUCCUAAUGUUCAUGUAUGCAUGCAGAUAAACUUUGCAUUAAAUACCAAAUCCGAA